AUGUCUUCCAACCAUCAGGCAGACGUUAAGUCUAACAAGGCCACACCUCUUGCACCGGACAUCGAACUAGCCAUCCUCCCAACAGGAACACAACAAUCGCUACCCUCAGACCCACCCUCCAAAUUUUCCAACCUCUUCUUCGUAACUCUCACAAACUCCGAUCCCACCAACCCCAAAGACUGGUUCAACCGCCUGAAAUGGGCUGUAACCGACGUCCUCAGCGCCACAGGUUUCAACGGGAUCAUGGUGUCCACCAUCAUGGCAUCCGCGCUCUCCACCAUCGCCAUCGAACUGCACAUGUCUGAGGUGUUUGGUAUACAGGAGAUCUUGCAUGCGGGCAAUGUAUGGUUUUUGACGAAAGAGGUUCUUAUUUCAGCGAGAUUUUUGGCAGGGUUUGGUGCGAGUAAUAUAUACGCCUUGGCUGGAGGUGUCUUGGAAGACGCAUGGAGACCGGAGCAGAAGGGUAGGAGUUUGGGGGUUUACCUGCUUAUACCGCUGCUAGGUGCCGCUGUUGGGCCGAUCAUUGGUGGCUUCAUGGCCGGCCGAACCACCUGGCGUUGGAUGUUCUGCUCGACUUCGAUCUUUCAGGCUGUCAUGAUCGCAGUGUCGUUCACUGCAUUCAAAGAAACAUAUGCACCUCGAUUGAGUGCCGACAAGUCGAUCUUUUCGAUCCUGAGCAACGCGCUUACCCGCCCACUCCGACUGCUUCUCUUCCAUCCGAUAAUCAUCAUUGCCAGUGUCAACUUGACCUUCGACUAUGGCAUACUUUACAUUGCUCUGACGAGCUUUGCCGAGCUCUGGACUAAUUAUUACCAGCUGGCAGGCGCCCUGCCCGGAGCACCAACGAUAGACCGUUACCAUCGUUGGAAGAAAGCACAGCAUCUGGAUGGCGAUCUGGCGCCGGAGUACAGACUUCCCGUCAUCUUCUAUAGUGCACUGCUUGCACCAGUGGGUUUGUUCAUCUACGGCUGGACGGCAGAGCAUCGAGUCCACUGGGUUGCGGUCGAAAUCCGUGUCUUCAUCGCCAUGUUUGGCUUUCAAAUGUCUGGAAUGGCGUGGCAGGCAUACAUCAUGGAUACUUGUCUUACUGCCUUUCUGUUCUCGCUGUUUGUACCGAAGAUGUACAGAGCCAUGAGAUACGGAUGGUGCAACACCGCGAUGGCAUUCGCUUCUUUGAUCCUUGCAGUUCCAGGUCUAAUCUCGUUGUAGUAUUACGGUGCGAAGCUGAGGGCUUGCGCAAGGUCAACUUACUAAUGACGAGCGAGGAUAUCAAUCUACUGCGAAGUUGGUUGGUAUUGUCAGAG